AUGGUCAAUGUAGCCGGCCGUUCCAAAGGAUGCUCCAACUGCCGCAAGCGCCGCGUCAAAUGUGACGAGACACAGCCCACCUGUAAAAGAUGUCAAAGGCUGGGUAUCGCUUGCGACGGUCCCAGAACGCUGGUGUUCGUCACGGGAAAAAUUGUCAGGUCCAGGCGGACGCAGCAUUCAUCGAAGACAACGACGGACGUGGCAACGACACCUGAAUGGAAGACAGAGGAUGUCGAGAAAUCGGCUUCGGUAUCUCCGCCAUAUCAAUCUUCACCCCAACAUGUAGGGUUGAGAUUCAACGAAUAUGAAGUCUAUAUAUGUCACCUGCGACAAUACCUCUAUCCUAAUGGCCCCGUUGACCUGGGACUACAACAACUUCGGACUUCGGAUCUUGCGAUUAGUCGAUAUCCAACCAUAGGUGCAGGCGCUAGUCCUCUGUUCAAUCAAGCUGCCUUGACCUUUGCCACGUUACUAUUUGGCGCCCGACACCACCAGGCUCGCAUCCUCGCCAAGGGUUACGACAUGCAUGGUGUCGCGCUUCGGCAGCUGAACGAAGCACUCAGUGUUCCUGGGUGUCAUGAGCGAGACGACAUCAUCAAUGUCAUCACCAUCAUGGCCAUGCUUGAGUUGUGCUUGCCAAGUGGCCCCAGGAACUGGCUAAAACACAUGCUUGGGCUCGAGCAACUCAUAGCACUUCGUGACCCAGGUUCGUGGGCAUAUGCCUCAAAUCAAACGCUGGAGUUGUACAAAGGUGUUCGUCACAUGAUCUUGCUUGCUUCGUUGCGAAAUAGAUCUCCAUCUAUUCUUGCUAGACCGCGAUGGAAGGCCAUGUUGCAAACGCCUCUCUCACUUGAAACAAAAGAGGAAAGGGAUUUGCAUGAUGUAAUGGCAGACUGCACGGUACUGAUUGCUGCGAGCGACGAGGUUGCCAGUACACUCAACUUGCAUGACAACGUACGCUUAAAAAAGAUGGAAAAAAUCCAAAGAAAAGCCGGUGAGCUACUAAUGUUCCUGCAAACCUGGAAGCAGCAAUGGGACAGCGAAAAGGAGAACUCUUGCACCACCGAAGAUGACUUUGAGGCCAUUUGCGCAGGUGGCCCGCAAGCACUGUGGACGGUAUACAAAUUCCGAAAUGAUUCCAUCGCGCGCAUGUUCAUGCUCUACAACACUGCUAUGAUCCAUGUACUUGAGAUCGUCGAAGCAACCGAGGAGUUACAGGCGCAGUCGGGAUUUCUGCGAGCGGAAACUAGCGGUACUCUCCAUCUCAUCCAUGCAGCAGGCAUCGAUAUCGCACGCAGUGUACCGCGUUAUCUGCAGCAAAGGAGAUAUCGCGGUGAUACCGGGUUUACGUCUCCGGUUGUGCAAUGGGCGGUUCUUACGGCUUGGCAAGUACUUGGGCGCGAUGAGUCUGCCGAGGGAAAGUGGAUGGUGGAUGCUUUGCAGGGGUAUAGUGAGUAUGCUAUUGCGAAGGCUGCGUGGGAGGUUUGA